UGGCGGUGACGAGAGAUCAACGCGAGAAUUAAACACACAAAUGACCAUUUGAAUCGGAUGACAGUGUCACUGCAGCCCCGCAAAGGAAUACAGAAGUACCUUAGCCUCAACUGAGUGAAUUUACAACAACAAACACCCGGAGUUUCAUGGAAAUAAACAGCGCCCUGGAAUUAAAAUAGCUCCUGAAAUAGCUCCCGUUAACCUCGAUAUCUUAGCUAGCCUUCAACUGGAAGAUUCAACGGCCACAACAGCACCACGUUAAGGGAAUUAUUCUGUCAGAAUAACAUGAACUACGCUGUGUUCGCUUUAAAUCUCGCAUUCAAGCUCGCCCGUGGGCGCUGGGCUUGUAGAAAUAUUUGCAUCUGACUGAAUGCAUAACUAAUCGCUCUAUCUGGCAACAUUAGCCAGCAAACACCAUCUACCAGCCUUCCAAAAGUUUAGCGAGCAUCUGCGAGAGGAACACAGAGUGAACAGGUUGCAUUGAGUGUCCGUUACCUCCUGCCACCCCCUGUGGGAUGGUUCUUCAUGAGGGAAUGGUCCUGUAAGCCUCUUUCUGUCCUCCAGUUCCCAUCCCCAUAAACUCAGUGGACCACAGCCAUAGUGUUCCUCUCAAUGAAUAUCCCUCUGGAGCCAUAGAUCAAGUUACAUUGUGUGACCAUUUUCCACUGCCUCCCCCGGUGGGAUGGUUCCCCCUCUUCUUGAGAUCCCGCCCAUCUCAUAAACCCAGUGGACCACAGCCAUAGUGUUCCCCUCAAUGAGCAUCCCUCUGGAGCCUUAGAUCAAGUUUAUCAAAGGAGGGCAGGUUUAUCGGACAGCAAAGCCUGAUUUGCAAGAAUGGCUUGCAGAAGAUGGUGCAGACACUAGGGUGUGGAGGAUGAUGAGGUGUGCAUAUGCUCAAAAUGAGUGCUGCAGGGGAGAAUGCCCUUGACCCCAUCACCCCUGAGUUACGUAAGAGGAAGGGUUCGCCAUGUUACACCUCUGGUCCAAGUGUGGAGAAGCGACGGCGAGAGCUGGAAUGCCGCUACAUUGACGAACUGGCAGAGCUGCUAUCGGCCAACAUGAGUGACAUUGCCAGCCUGAACGUGAAGCCGGACAAAUGCCACAUCUUAAAGAGCACCGUGGACCAGAUCCAGCAGAUCAAACAUCGUGAAAAGGAGAAAGCAGCUCUAAUGUCUCCAGAUAAUGAGGUGCAGAAGAGUGACAUAUCGUCCAGCAGUCAGGGCAUGGUUGAGAAGGAGGCCCUUGGGCCGCUUCUCUUGGAGGCCCUGGAUGGCUUCUUUUUCGUUGUGAACCGUGAGGGGCGUGUUGUGUUUGUGUCUGAGAAUGUCACCAGUUAUCUGGGCUACACCCAGGAAGAGCUGAUGACCUCCAGUGUCUACAGCAUCCUUCAUGUGGGAGAUCACAACGAAUUUGUGCGUAAUCUGCUACCCAAGAGCCUUGUAAACGGUGUGUCAUGGCCUCAGGAGCAAGGCCGGAGAAACAGCCACACUUUUAACUGCAGGUUGCUGAAAAGACCUCCAGACGAGGUUGACUCAGAGAACCAGGAGGCCCGACAACAGUAUGAGCUCAUGCAGUGCUUCACGGUCUCUCAGCCCAGAGCGGUGCAGGAGGAUGGCGAAGACCUGCAAAGCUGUUUGAUCUGUAUAGCAUGUCGAAUGCCCCGUCCACUACCGAUCUCUGUCAGUACAGAGUCCUUCAUCACCAAGCAGGACCCUACAGGGAAAAUCAUCUCUAUUGAGACGAGUGCUCUGAGGGCCACAGGCCGACCAGGCUGGGAGGACCUGGUCAGGAAGUGCAUAUACGCGUUCUUCCAGCCUCAGGGCAAUGAGCCCUCCCAUGCCAAGAAGCUGCUUCACGAGGUGAUGACCCACGGCACGGCCAUCAGUCCUCUGUACCAGUUCACACUCAGUGAUGGGACGCCUCUCAGUGCGCAGACGCGCUGCAAAUUCUGCUGCCCCCCAAACCCAGAUGUACAGCCCUUCAUCAUGGGCAUUCACACUAUAGACAGGGAACACAACACUGCUAGCUCUCAGGAAAACACUACCAACAGCCUUCCAUCUUCUGCUGCCCCACCCUCCCGCUCACCCACCCUGCAGCCCUCCAGUGACCCCAACCUCCAUCUCAACACCAGCAAUGGCACCUGUGCCACUCCUGGACCCCCCACACCCACUCCACCUGGCUACCUGACGGCGAGCCGCAUCAGGCCCUCCCAGCAGGUCAGCAGCCCCUCGCCACUAGGCAGCCCUCUCACAACCACCCCUACCUCAUUCAUGUCGCUCAGACCUCCACGGGGCAGCCCAGGCCUGGCCAGCAGCCCUCGCUUGCCCGGCCACCCCUUUUCCCCUUCGGCGCCUGGCAUACACUCACCCGCUGGCGGUCUGAACAGGCAGCAGUCCAGCGGUGAUGGUGUCAGUUUCUCUCUCCCCUCUCCAUUUCCCUCUCAACAGACUCCAACACCCAGCAGCUCUCCAGCACGUCAGCCUCCAGCCAAACCACCUGAAUCAUCGGCUGACGAGCCUAAGAGUGCUGUGGUGAGCAACCCUAAACUCAACCAGCUCUUGGAUGCCAACCUUAGCACGGGCACAGCCGAACACGAUUCCUCCCAGCCCCAUCCUGCACCUGUGGCCCAGUGCCCGGCCUCUCAUAGCAGCCUGACUGAGCGACACAAGAUACUGCAUCGCCUGCUCCAGGACAGCAGUCCUGCAGACGCUGCUAAGGAGCCUGAUAUCAAGAAGGAGCCUCCGGCCAGUCCCGGCGCAAUAACACGUGCGCUGGGGAAGGAGCCGCAGGAUCACCAGCUGCUGCGCUUCCUGCUGGAUACAGAUGAAAACGACCUAGAGGAUCUGCCACCUCCAGCAUCCCUCAGCCUCCAGACAGUCAAGGUGAAGUCAGAAAAGAAAGGGAUCAGAGAGAACGUCCCCUGUGCUGCCCACACUGUCUGUACAAGCCCUGCGACACCUUGCUCGCCUAAAUCCAGUGACAGGCCCAGCCCGCAGAUUCUCAGUACCGAUCUGGACACUUUGAACCAGCUGUUGCCCACUCUGAAAAGCUCAGUGGGAGGUAAAGCAGUAGAGGAGCCCAACGUGGAUGACCUUUCCAUAGGGGUGAAUGUGAAGAAAGAGUCGCCAGGAUCAGUAAGCCAAUCAUACCCUGAUGGCUCCAACCUUACGAGUCAGUCCUCUUUUGAGUUCUGUGACCCCUCCGCACCAAAUCAGACUCAGGGUCAAGUCCAGGUAAAGGAUCUUGGUCACAUGGACCCUUUUCAGCCACCUAAGGAAAGCAGCAGCCCCUUUGCCAAUCCAACCAGCCUCAAUUCUUUCAACACCAACACGGGUCUGGCCAAGCAGGAACUUUCUGAUUCUCAACAGUUUCAACCCUUGUCCCUGGUUGACCCCAUGUCCUUCGAUAGCAGUUUGGGCAACCAGACACAGGCCCCUCUGUCCUCUCCUCAAGAGCAGUGUGUUCCAUCUCCGUUGGAUGAGAUGCUGUGUCCACCCACCACUUCAGAGGGCCGUAAUGAUGAGAAGGCCCUGCUGGAGCAGCUGGUCACUUUCUUGAGCCGCACAGAUGAGAGCAACCUGGCCGAGAUAGACCGAGCGCUGGGCAUUGACAAACUUGUUCAAAGUGGAUGCCUCGACCCCGUAACCCAAUCCUUUCCUCAGCCCCCAACUCCUGUGCCCAUGGACCACAAACUUCCCACCUACCCCUCCCAGUUCCCUACCUCACCCUCACAAUUCUCCGCUGAGAUGGGCACCACACAGGGCAUGAAUUUCGGGGCCCCACGGAUGCUGUUUCCAGGAAACGUGGGCAUAGCUGUGCGACCCGUUAUAAACCGAGCUCCUGGUGUGCCUAACCAGCUGCGGCUGCCACCCAACCAGCUGAGACUCCAGCUCCAGCAACGUCUUCAAAGCCCACAGCAGCUCCAGAAUAGACUUGCUACCAUGGGCCAGUUCCCACAGGGUGGGUACGUUUCCGUGGGGAUGCGUCAGGGCCUACAGCAGCCUCAGAUGCCCUCUCAGCCUCCGCUUAAUGCUCAGAUGAUGGCCCAGCGGCAGCGGGAGCUGUACAGUUUCCAGCACCGACAGCGGCAGCUUCUUCAGCAGAAAGUCAUGCUGAUGAGGCAAGGGUUGAACACCAUGGGAGCUCAGCGAGUUCCCAAGGGCCCCCAGCAGCAACAGCCACAGCAGCAGCAGUUUGGCUAUCCUCCAAGCUACAACGCCGUGCCUGGGAACACCCCUACCUCUCCGAGCCAUUUUAACCCCAUGGGAGGAGGACCUCUGGACCCCAAGCUUUCUGCCAUGGGGGGCAUGGGAAACCAAGGCAUUAUAGGAGGCAUUCAAGGGCAAUUUGAGGGGCCUGUGAACACUCCUGUUCAGCAAGGGCUUUUUCAGCAAUUUGGGGGGCCUGGCAUGAUCCAGCAAGGAGAUCCAUCCUUUGCUCCUGAGCUUAGUCCAACCAGCCCCCUUCUUUCACCUCAGAACUCCACCUCCCAGAGUCCUCUGCUCCAGAAAGCGCAACCUCCACCUGGUUAUCAGUCACCCGACAUGAAGAACUGGCAGCAAGGGGCUAUAGGCAACAACAGUAUGUUUAACCAGGCUUGUCAGCCUACCUCUCAGAGCUUUGGGCAGCAAGGUGUAUAUAACAACAUGAGUAUCACCGUGUCAAUGGCUGGGGGAUCAGGAGCGGUGGGCUCACUACCUCCCAUUGGACCAUCUGUUGGCAUGGGUAACAACAACCUUGGCAACGUCAAUUCUAUGUGUAACGAUCAGGUACAGCAGGUUCAAGUGUUUGCCGAUGUUCAGUGCACGGUAAACCUUGUGGGUAGUGACUCCUACCUGAACCAGUCAGGGCCCAUAGGGUCCCAAAAGGGCCCGAGUGGGACUGCUACAGCCCAGUCUCAGCAGAAGAGCCUCCUCCAGCAGCUCUUGACCGAGUGAGCUGCCUAACACCUGCCAGAGGACUGUCUCCACAUGCAGAGAAUUUUCAUUCUUCACUUUUGUUUUCUAUACAGUAUAUCUGCAGGGCCGGUGUCUGGGGCCCAGGCUCGUGAGGUUUCAUAGCCGUUCAACUAAGUGCUCAUUCCUGGUCACCUUUUUAAAGUCUGCUUCCUGAAUGGAGAAAAGAUCAUGUUCCAAGAAUUUGCCAAGUCUGUAAAAGGACCUGCUGCUUUUCAGGCAGUUAUAUAUGUCCUAUGAAGUCAGGCCAAUGUUGCAGUGCUUCUUGGAGAGCGGUGCAGCAGCUGAGCUCGGAUUGGUCCGAUUGGAAAUUGGGGCAGACUGUUGCCAUGGUGUUGCUAUAUUCAUGGUAUUGUUCAGUUUAUCUGAAUAUGUGACUGAUAGGCUCUCCUCAGCAGUGCCUGAUGAUGGGAGAAAUAUCCCACCUCUUUUUAUUUGUUUGUCUGUUUUGUUUUGUUUGUUUUUGUAUGUUUUUGUUCUCAAAACAAGCAUCACCAGGAUGGGAGACUGCUCUGUAGCACAUAGUUGUCUGCUGCAGGCUUUCCUGGCAAGACUGAUUUAAUAUGGCAGACUUUUAAUAUGGCAGACCCCCCCCCCCCCAGUAGCUGUGAAUACGAGCCACUUAGGGUCAACUCAGCCUAUCAGUGUUUUGCAGCAAUGUGUUGUGCAGUUUGGUAUUAUAUUGUACAGCACACCCGGACAAAGUUGUGACAUGCACAUACUUUGUAAUUUACAUAAUUGAAUUUCUCUCCAGGCAACUAGUAUUUUGAAUGCACAUCAUGGGUUUCAAAACCAGUUCUCUUUUUUUAUUUUUUUUAUAGCCACCUUUUUAUUUAAAAAAUAAAUGUUUCGAACCAAGAAGUUGUCAACACGGCUGAAUAUUAUACCGGGGGGUAUUGCGUGCUCUCAGCUCAUAUAUCAAGGUUAGAGAGACUCGGGUUUGGAUUUUUAUGAUUGAUAUUGGAUCGAAAAUCUGUUUUGAACAUACCAGUAAACAAACCUUCUGUUGCAUUGUACACAGAUACAAAAAUGUAGAUUGUACAGUGAUUUCUCAUAAGUCAUUUUCAAGGAUGCUCUUGAAAACCACAGGAGCUCUCUCCCAAAUCUGGUGGAGCGAGGUGUUGUCUCAAGUAACAUCUGAACCAUCGGCUACAUUCUCCAGCUCUUAGACUGCUCAUUUGACUACUGUUGCCCAGUCAGACACUGUUCAUCAGAAUUAUUUCCUUUAUUAAAUUAACUACUAGCCAUCCCCUUAUAUGAGUCAAGAAAACACAGUCUCAAUUCUUUGAACCUAAAGGAAUCUGACACAUGCUCCUCUCACAUAUUUUCAUUCUCCUUUAACAGUGUUUUUUCUGUUUGUGAUUCACUUUGUGGAGUUUAAUUGGUGUCUUUGUGCAUGUGCUCUGAAUACAAAGAAUGGCUCUUUUUCUCCAAUGCUACACCAGAUUACACUUGUGUAAAAAAAAAAAAAAAACGCUUUGUAUAGUGGAUCCUCAUUCAUCUAUGAAAUUCAACCGGCAGUAUGCACUGCUGAGAUUGAGACACUUUUUUGUUUAAACAGUUCUGUGACAAAGUAUUUGCCCCCUUCCUGGUUUCUUCUAUUUUUGUGUAUUUUCAUACUAAAUUGUUUUAGACCUUCAAACAAGAUAUAACAUAAAACAAAGGCAACCUGAAUAAACACAAAAGAGUUUUCAAAUAUAGAUAUGUUUUAUUGAAGCAUAAAAGUUAUCCAACACCUAUAUCAUCCAUGUGAAAAACGAACUGCCCCCUUAAACUUAACAGCUGGUUGUGCCGCCUUUAGCAGCAACAACUGCAACCAGACUCUUCCAAUAACUGGAGAUCAGUCUUUCAAAAUGCUGUAGUGGAAUUUUGUCUCACUCUUCUUUGCAAAACUGCUUUAGUUCAGCCACAAUGGAGGUUUUCGAGCAUGAACCGCCCAUUUAAGGUCCUGCCACAGCAUCUCAAUUUGGUUCAAGUCAGGACUUUGACUAGGCCACUCAAACUAUAAUUUUGCUUCUUUUGAGCCAUUCAGAGUUGGACUUACUGCUAUGCUUUGGAUCAUUGUCUUGCUGCAUAAUCCAGUUGCACUUGAGCUUCAAGUCUCUGAGUCAUGACCAGACAUUCUCCUUUAGGAUUUUUUGGUAGAGAGCAGAAUUCAUGUUUCCCUCAGUUAUUGCAAGUCGCCCUGGCCUUUGAUAGAUCACAUUACCACCACCAUGCUUGAUUGUAGGAAUGAUGUUCUUUAUGUGGAAUUCUGUGUUUGAUUUACGGCAGACGUAAUGGGACCCCUGUCCUCCAAACAGUUCCACUUUCGACUCAUCAGUCCACAGAACAUUCUCCCAAAAGCUUUGAGGAUCAUCAAGGUGUGUUUUGGCAAAAUUCAGACAAGCCUUUAUGUUCUUUUGGGUUAUCAGUCGUUUUUGCCUCGCCACUCUUUUAUGGAUGCCAUUUUUGGCCAGUGUCUUUCUGAUUGUUGGGUCAUGAACAGUAACCUUUAUUGAUAUGAGAGAGGCCUGCAGUUCCUUGGAUGUUGUCCUUGGCUUUGUCCUUGGCUUUUUUGUGACACCCUGGAUGAGUCGUGACAGCUCUUGGAGGAAUUUUGGAAGGCCGACCACUUCUGGGAAGGUUCACUACUGUUCCAAGUUUUCUCCAUUUAGGGAUAAUGGCUCUCAUUGUCGUUCUUUGGAGUCCCAGAGCCUUUGAAAAAGCUUUGUAACCCUUCCUAGACUGAUGUAUUUCAAUCACCUUUUUCCUCAUCAUUUCUGGAAUUUCUUUUGACCUUAGCAUAGUGUGCUACUGGUUGAGACCUUUUAGCCAACUUCAUGCUGCUGAAAAGUUCUAUUUAGGUGUUGUUUUGAUUGAACAGGGCUGGCAAUAAUCAGGCCAGGGUGUGUCUAGUCCAGCUGAACCCCAUUAUGAAUGCAGUUUCAUAGAUUUGGGGAUUUAUUAUAAUACCCAGUUGGUAUUGGAUAACUUUUUUACUUCAAUAACAAAAACGGGAAAUCAUGAUGGGGCAAAUACUUUUUCACAGCGCUGUACAUGUGCAUAGACAUUACAAAAAGCACGUUGAUUUGAAUAAUUAUUGAAAUUUAAGAUUAUUAGUCUGUGUUUUUCCAGGUUCUGGCUCACCUGAAGAACACUGACAUUGUAACAUACAUUUCUGCCCCCUGCUUCGUGGAACAGGCAUUCCUGUAUAUAUCAAAAUAGUUGGCUUUUAGAAAAACGUUUUAUGCAGUUGAUCAGAUUCUUUAAUUUGUCUUUUUUUAAAUGAACCCUUCCUGUCAUCAUUUCCAAGUUUCUGUGUUUAUGCCAAAUAUACCAAACUAGCGAACAGUGCUUAUUAAAAAAUGGGUUGAUUUUAUUUUAUUUAAAAUUAUUAUACUUUUUUUUUUUCAUAUUUGAUCUUGGUUACAAUGGCUCUUACAGUCAGUACACAACAUUGAGGUACAAUAGAACUAUUCAGAACCUGGUUUAUCAAAGUAUUGUGUAAAUAACAGAUAAAUGUGAAUAUGUAUCUGUUCAGAAUCAACAAAAUAUAGUGCUCCGAGUUUGUGGUAAAAUCUACUUGCUUCCAUUUAUUUUCUUUUUUUUUUCUUUUUCUUAUGUAUAUGGCUGUCUGAAUGCUUGUACGUGUGUGAUUAAUACUGUAUAUCUGGUGUUUAAAAUGGAAACAGACAAAUGUCAUGAAUUGAUUUGAUUUCUUUCUUUUUUGAAUACCUACAACUUUUCCUGUGGGUGUUGAGUUUGCUCUAUAUGUGAGAAUGGUUUUGUGACUGCUGAAUGUGACUUUGCUGAGGGAGAAGCAGCAUGGACUGGCUUGUGUACGGGUUAAUUAAAAAAAAAAAAAGGCCAUAUUAUUUAAUUUCUCUGUUGUCAAAAUUUAAUCAGCUCUGACAAAGUGGAACCUUGGUUUGAGAACAGUACUGGGUUGUUGUUGUGGGGUUUCUUCAACUGCCUGAUGUAGUUUUGCCAUGUGUUACUCUCUUUAAGAUGAGAACAAAUUAAUGACCAAAGCUUAAAGAUACUAAAAGAUUCAUAUCAUAUGCUAGGUUCAUGCAAUUGGACAACUGUAGCAUUCAGUUUUUCCUGAAUAGGCAUCCCAUACCCUGUUUAUCAUGUGUAUAAUGCUACCGUGUUGUUCCACAGUUUGUGCUUUGAGUUUUUAUUUAAUUUAUAUUGUUGUGGACAUUAUUCCCCUACCUAGAUACAAGCGGUUGAAUUAUCUGAUUAUUUUGUAACUUUUUUAUUUAGAGAGCACUAUAUGUUAAAGUGUAAUUAGGUUUCCGGCGUGCCGGAACGUCUUGUGCAGUUUGCGUUUCAAAUUUCAGCAUCAGCACAGUUUACGCGCUCUGCAGGUGUGUAGCCUAGUUUUUUAGACAAGUGGACAGUUUGGGGGUUUGCGCAUCUUUGGCACACGUGCCUGCUGUUGACAGUGCAGAACGAGUGUUACAAAGCAGUCGCAGCGUGCAUGCCUCAAAUGCGACCUUAUAUACCUUAUUCAAGGUUGAUUCAUCUUUGAUUUUAAUAGGAAUGACAAUGAGGCUGUGUUCGAUAGGCUUACCAAUUAUUCAAUGGCACGCACGGUAUAAAGCUGUAAAAAGCUUGUCGAGUUAUUGUCUGGAGUUUUUUAUCUACUCAAUGUUUUGGAAAGAUAUUUUUCAAUGUUUUGUCCACUGAAUGAUCCAAAAACACUUUAAACUGCAGUACAGCCCAUUGAAGAGGCUUUAAGUCUAUCCUUAACAGCCUUGUUGUGAUUCCCAUAAAAAAAUCAAAGAUGGCACUGCUGUAAAUAAGGUCUAUGGGCUCGUGCUUUUGAAAUCAAUAGACUAUACUUUGAAAGGCUGAGUGCAAGACGGAACGGCACGAAGAAUACCUUAGCAUUUAAUAGAUAAAUAUAUUAGACCUUCCCCUGUUGCUACUGAUUAACCAAACAUGCAAAUGCCUCAUUGUGAGGAACUCUAGUCACUGUUUUCAAAUAGAAACAUUUAUAAAAGCUAGCUAUGCAGGUUGAAUUUAUAGUAUUUGGCUUUUGAUUUAAAACUGACACAACUCGAAACAAUUAUUAUGUUGACUGUAGGAUUCUAGUCCAGAACUGAUGCAGGUUAACUAUUUUCUCCUGUUUUUCCAUAAUUUAUAGCUCAGAACAAGUGGUUUUGAGAUACUCUGUCGAAAGAAAUCAUAAUGAUGCAACUAUAUGUAUAUAUUUGAAUUUAUUUAGCUAGGUUCUUUAUACCAAAUUUGAGGUGCCUCUUGUACAUAUUUUCUGCAUAGAGGACUGCUCCUCACCGUUUGAUGAACGCUUUCUUGUUUGUGAGGAUUUUCGUAUUCUGACCUUUUUAAGACUUUUGCUGUAUUUUACACUGAUUUUUUUACUAAAACAUAAAUGUACCAGGAACUUGCAAGGAAUACAAUCUAGUUUUGCACUUUAUACAUUAAUUACAAGGAAAGAGGCCAUUUUUAAGUAGCACGUUAAAAUCUGAAUAUAGUCACACAUUUGAAAAAUUACCCCUGAAUGUAUUUUGCAAAGUGAAAUGUAAUUUCACUUUCUAAAGAAACUUUAAAAUAUCUCAGGUUCUUCAGAAAGAACUUGGUCGAUUGGAUACCAUUAAAAGAUCAGGGUUGCUUGAGCCUUUGCUAUGGGUGUUUUUCUGCUGCAGAUCUAACUAUGCCUAAAUACAGUUGAAUUCAGAAAUGUAUAUACAACUUAGACAAAUACAUUUAAACUCAGUUUUUCACAAUUCCUGACACAUCCAGAACUGAUGUAACUGAGUCAGGUUUGUAGGCAUCCUUACUUGCACACACUUUUUCAGUUCUGCCCACAAAAUUUCUAUCAGAUUGAGGUCAGGUCUUUGUGAUGGUCUCUCCAAUAUCUUGACUUUGUUGUCCUUAAGCCAUUUUGCCACAACUUUGUAUAUAUGCUUGGGGUAAUUGUCCAUUUGGAAGACCAGUUUGUGACCAAGCUUUAACUUACUGGCUGAUGUCUUUAGAUGUUGCUUCAAUAUAUCCACAUAAUUUUCCUUCCUCAUUAUGCCAUUUAUUUUGUGAAGUGCACCAGUCUCUCCUGCAGCAAAGCACCCCCACAACAUGAUGCUGCCACCCCUAUGCUUCACGGUUGGGAUUGUGUUCAUCAGCUCGCAAGCCUCACCCUUUUUCCCUCCAAACAUAAUGAUGGUCAUUAUGGCCGAACAGUUCAAUUUUUAUUUAAUUAGACCAGAGGAUAUUUCUCUGUGCACUUGCAAACUGUAGUCUGGCUUUUUUAUGGCAGUUUUGGAGCAGUGGCUUCAAACUAGCUCAGCAGCCUUUCAGGUUAUGUUGAUAUAGGACUCUUUUUACUGUGGAUAUAGAUACUUGUCUACCUGUUUCCUCCAGCAACUUCACAAGGUCCAUUGCUGUUGUUCUGGAAUUGAUUUGAACCAAACUCCAUUCAUCUCUAGGAGACAGUGUGCGUCUCCUUCCUGAGCUGUAUGAUGGCUGUGUGGCCCCAUGGUGUUCUGUACUUGUGGACUAUUGUUUGUACAGAUGAACUUGGUACCUUCAGAUAUUUGGAAAUUGCUCCCAAACCAGACUUGUGGAGGUCCACAAUUUGUUUUCUGAGGUUUUGGCUGAUUUCUUUUGAUUUUCCCUUUAUGUCAAGCAAAGAGGCACUGAGUUUGAAGGUAUGCCUUAAAAUACAUCCACAGGUACACCUCGCUCCAAUUAGCCUAUCAGAAGCAAAUUGCCUAAAGUCUUGACAACAUUUUCUGGAAUUUUCCAAGCUGCUUAAAGGCACAGUCAACUUGGUGUAUGUAAACGUCUGACACACUGGAAUUCUGAUAUAGUCAAUUAAAAGUGAAACACUCUGUAAACAAUUGUUGGAAAAAUUACUCAUGUCAUGCACAAAGUAAAUGUCCUUAACGACUUGCCAAAACUAUAUUUUGCUAAUAUGAAAUCUGUGGAGUGGUUAAAAAAUGUGUUUAAUGACUUCAUCCUAAGUGUAUGUAAACUUAUGGCUUCAACUGUAUCUUAUUCAGGUACUCCACCUCCCCUUACCCUAUCCUUUUAGCCAGUACACUCAUUUUCAGACCUCCUGGCAUUAUCUUUUCAAGACAUUCCUCAAUUGACUCUGCUUUCAGCUCAUUGCCAUUUGCGUUCGCUGUAUUGUAGACUUUGAGAAUCGGUGCAGGCCACUCCGUGCCAAGUGCUAAUAACCAUUUAUGCAAACUCGUACAAUCUGCAUUGUGUCAUAGUAGUGAAUCCAGCGUAUCGUCCACCACACACUCUCCUCGUCAUUCAGAUGUCAUCUUUAUAUGGUAUCAUCUAUAGUAGCUACUGUUUACCUAAGAUUUUUUGCAUAUUCUAAGUGCUGCCUUAUUAAUAGAUAUUGGUUGUAUUGGUGAAGGAAAGUCAUGUGUUUGUAACUCCACUGAAACCAGGACUUGUUCCACCAGGGCAAGGUUCCACUUUUCACCUGUAAAAUUAAUAUAAAUAAACAAAUAUAUAUAUAAAGAUAUUUACAUUUUACUCAUUUUGUCCUGUUUUGUAUAAUACUUGUAAAACUUUUUUCCCUUAAGAAGCAUCAUUGCAGCUGUGUGGGACAUUAUGAAUGAAGAUGUAUUUCGGAGACUUUUGCAUGUUUUUGUUUUCUCUAUAUCCAGGUUUAUCUGGAGAAUCCUACCUUUCUUAGGACGUUGUAGACAAUCAGUCACAUGCUGGGUCCAGCACCUGCAGGGAUUGUCCUGCGGGCUGCAAAACUGUGUUUCGCAUCUACUGAAUCAGUCUUAUUUUUCUUGUCCAUUUCAUGGAAUUAUGUGGCUGCUCAAACUGAGAUUUGAAGUUUACACAUACAUUACACAUAUAUGCAUAUAUACACUCUGACAAACAAGAAACGUUCAUGGACACCUCAUGCAUAUGCCCCCUUUGUUGCUUUUCCAAGGUGAAGAUACCUUGAAGGAAAUUAUGCUUUUACUAACAGAUCUCUAUAACAUCCAUGAAUGUGAGAAUGCAACACAUUGCAAUAAAGCACCAUGUAAAAAGGACUGCCAGUGCCAUGUUUGUCUACAUCUGCAAACUGAACAUAUGGACCUUCACAAACCCUGUCUAGAAGAACUGAAAUUGGUAACACUUCACAGUAAAGGUGUAGUCUUGUGGCUGUACUUCUGAAACAGAAUGAUAUAUGUAAUAUGCUGAUGUGAUCGUUGCUAGCCUAAGAUUCAAGUUAUUUGAACAGAUAAAAUUUAAGUUGGUUUAACUCAA